AUGAGAACCAAAACCGACACAUUCCAUAGGACUACCUUAUCCGCUGACUACGACGUUAUCGCUCUCACCGAAACCUGGCUCAAUGACGACAUCGGAAACGCCGAACUUUCUUCUGAGUACACUAUAUUCCGCUGUGACCGCAACAACCUAACAAGCACACUUAAGCGUGGAGGUGGAGUCCUAAUUGCGGUUAGAAACAACUUGAAGGCUUCCCAAGUUCAACUAACGAAUUGCGAAUCACUUGAGCAGGUAUGUGUCCGCGUUCAACUGAAUUCCCUAGCGAUAUAUAUUUGUUGCAUCUACUUGCGACCAAAUAGCAACCCCUGCCUAUACUCAAAUCACGCAUCGUCAAUUCAAGAGAUGCUUGGAAGCUCCGAUAGCUCAGAUAGCAUCGUGGUGGUUGGCGACUAUAACCUACCUCGUUUGCAAUGUCAACUUGACACUGACCUCAACAGUUAUAUUCCUUUGAACGCUUCUUCUGAACAAGAGAUCAGCCUGUGUGAAACUGUCCUGCCAUGCGGCCUGCAUCAAAUCUGUUCUGCAUACAACGCAAAUGGAAGACUUCUUGAUUUAGCGUUUGUGAAUGAUCCUGUCAACGUCGAACUACUGGAACCCCCAACACCAAUCCUGAAAGUUGAUAUCCAUCACAAGCCGUUCAUUAUUCGUUUAGAUUAUCUGCCUGCCAAGCAAAUUGUGCAUCGUGCUAACCGUGGUCUUCUUGAUUUUGACUUCCGUCACUGUGACUUUGACGAUCUCUCGACGUCUUUAGAGAGGGUCAACUGGUCUGGCAUUCUACAGGCCGAUAACUUAGACGAUGCCGUCACCAAUUUGUACGACACAGUAUUUUCAAUUUUGAAUGAAAAAGUGCCAUUCAAAAGAAACCUACGACACUCUAAGACGUCUCCUCCAUGGUGGACUGCAGAAAUACGCCACAGUCGCAACGUUCUCCGCAAGGCCAGGAAAAGAUACUUCAAGCAAAGAACGCACAUAGCCAAAAUGAAUCUGCAACAAUUGGAAUCCAGUUACCAAUCAUCCGUGGAUUCCGCCUUCAAGGACUACUUAAAUCGUACCGAAACUGAUUUGCAAGCUAAUCCUUCCUCGUUCUGGUCUUAUGUCAACUCGAAAAAACGUAAUAAGCCUAUUCCCAGCGACGUAACCUACAACAACAUAAGGUCAAACUCAACCGAUGAGGCUGCGAAUCUAUUUGCUGACUUCUUUAAAGAUGUGUAUGAAACAAACGAUGUCUCCGCAACAGGCCCGUACAUCGACAGUAUUCCGUCAUACAAUAUGUCCCUAGCACAACCCGCUCUAAGUGAAGUCAACAUCCAUGCUGCCCUCAGUUCAGUGGAUCCUUCGAAAGGGCCAGGCGCAGAUAGAUUGCCUCCAGUUUUUGUUAAAUCGUGCGCCGCCCCUCUCGCUGUCCCAAUGACGAUCAUUUUCAACCGAUCUCUUACGAGCGGUAAGUUCCCGACCGCCUGGAAAAUGCUGCGAUCAUCCCGAUACACAAAUCUGGUAACGUUCAUAACGUUGAAAACUACCGAGCUAUUUCGCUUCUACCAUGCUUAG